UGUCGCUCGCGUGUGCACGUUCACCUUCUGAGAAGGAGGCCAAGGCCUGGGCCAAGCCCGGAGCCGGCGCUCGCCUGAGCCUCCUGGAGCCUCCGCGUCUGCUCAGCUUGGGGGCGGGCUUAGGCCCGGCCCUUCGCCCAACCCCAGAUCCAGGCUGCAAGCCCGAGGACCAGGCCGGAGCGACGAUGGAGGAGGCAUCUCCCUAUUCCUUACUCGAUAUCUGCUUGAAUUUCCUGACUACUCAUCUUGAGAAGUUCUGCUCAGCAAGACAAGAUGGAACAUUGUGUCUGCAGGAACCUGGAGUAUUCCCACAGGAGGUGGCUGACCGACUGCUUCAGACCAUGGCUUUUCAUGGUCUGCUGAAUGAUGGAACUGUAGGAAUUUUUAGGGGCAAUCAGAUGCGUUUAAAACGAGCUUGCAUUCGUAAAGCCAAGAUCUCUGCUGUUGCUUUCCGGAAAGCUUUCUGCCACCACAAACUAGUGGAACUCGAUGCCACAGGUGUGAAUGCUGACAUCACGAUUACAGACAUCAUCAGUGGGCUUGGCAGUAACAAAUGGAUCCAGCAGAAUCUCCAGUGCCUAGUGCUGAACUCUUUAACUCUCUCCCUUGAAGAUCCGUAUGAGCGCUGCUUCAGCCAACUUUCUGGCCUUCGAGCAUUAAGCAUCACCAAUGUUCUGUUUUAUAAUGAAGACCUGGCUGAGGUGGCCUCCUUGCCAAGACUAGAGAGUCUGGAUAUUUCUAACACCUCCAUCACAGACAUCACGGCUCUGCUGGCCUGCAAAGACCGACUCAAGUCCCUAACCAUGCACCACUUGAAAUGUUUAAAAAUGACAACGACCCAGAUACUGGAUGUUGUACGGGAACUAAAAUACCUGAAUCAUCUUGAUAUUUCAGAUGACAAACAAUUUACAUCAGACAUAGCUCUUCGCUUACUAGAACGAAAAGACAUCCUACCCAACCUUGUCUCCCUAGAUGUUUCUGGGAGAAAGCAUGUGACAGAUAAAGCUGUUGAAGCCUUUAUACAGCAAAGGCCCAGUAUGCAGUUUGUAGGUUUGCUGGCCACUGAUGCUGGUUACUCUGAAUUCCUCACAGGCGAAGGACAUUUGAAGGUAUCUGGAGAAGCCAAUGAAAUUCAGAUUGCAGAAGCAUUGAAGCGGUAUAGUGAACGCGCAUUCUUUGUCCGGGAGGCUCUUUUUCACCUUUUUAGCCUGACUCAUGUGAUGGAAAAAACAAAGCCAGAAAUUUUAAAGCUUGUGGUUACUGGGAUGAGAAACCAUCCUAUGAAUUUGCCUGUACAACUGGCUGCAAGCGCUUGUGUGUUUAACUUAACCAAGCAAGAUCUAGCAGCAGGAAUGCCUGUCCGACUCUUGGCUGAUGUGACCCAUUUAUUGCUCAAGGCCAUGGAACACUUUCCCAAUCACCAGCAGUUACAGAAGAAUUGCCUCCUUUCACUUUGCAGUGACCGGAUCCUCCAAGAUGUUCCAUUUAACAGGUUUGAAGCAGCCAAGCUUGUCAUGCAGUGGCUCUGUAACCAUGAAGAUCAAAACAUGCAAAGAAUGGCAGUUGCUAUUAUUUCCAUCCUGGCUGCCAAGCUUUCUACAGAACAAACUGCACAGCUUGGAGCUGAGCUCUUCAUUGUCAGACAACUUCUUCAAAUAGUGAAGCAGAAAACCAAUCAAAAUUCAGUGGAUACUACUUUGAAAUUUACUUUGAGUGCACUCUGGAAUCUUACAGAUGAAUCUCCAACCACGUGCAGACACUUUAUUGAAAACCAAGGGUUAGAACUCUUCAUGAGGGUUCUAGAGUCUUUCCCAACUGAGUCAUCCAUUCAACAAAAAGUCCUGGGACUUUUGAACAACAUAGCUGAAGUACAAGAAUUGCAUUCUGAGUUAAUGUGGAAGGAUUUUAUAGACCACAUUAGUAGCCUCCUACACAGUGUUGAAGUGGAAGUCAGUUACUUUGCAGCUGGAAUUAUUGCCCAUUUAAUAUCUAGAGGUGAACAAGCAUGGACAUUGAGCCGUAGCCAGAGGAAUUCUCUUCUGGAUGAUCUGCAUUCAGCUAUUUUGAAAUGGCCAACUCCUGAAUGUGAGAUGGUAGCAUACAGGUCUUUUAAUCCAUUUUUCCCAUUACUUGGCUGUUUUACAACACCAGGAGUCCAGCUAUGGGCAGUUUGGGCCAUGCAACAUGUCUGUAGCAAGAACCCCUCGCGAUAUUGCAGCAUGCUGAUUGAGGAAGGAGGACUGCAGCAUUUAUAUAACAUCAAAGAACAUGAAAAAACCGAUCCCCAUGUGCAACAGAUUGCUGUGGCCAUUUUGGACAGCUUAGAAAAACACAUUAUACGACAUGGGAGACCACCUCCCUGUAAAAAGCAGCCCCAGGCCAGACUCAAUUGAUAGCCAUAGGUAAUUGGAUAAUUGAAUCACAGAAAUCCUUUUUGUGAUAGGUUCAUUUGGAAUAUCAUUCUCUGAUGUUUUGAGGGUUUCUGUGAGCCUAAAAGUCAUAAGAUCAGUUUGAGAUUGAUGAUGUACAUUGCUGCCCUCUAAUUUGUCUUGUGAUUUUUAACUUAUGAAGAAAGUAGGGUUUCUCGUUCAUCAUUGCCUUUUGGGAAGUUUUCCCCAUCUUUCAGUGUUUGAACUUAUCUGUGCUUGAAAUUCUACAGUUUUAUGAUAAAGUUUGCACGAACCCAUAGGCCAGAUUUUUCUGAUCUCAAAGUUCCUUCUAGUCAAUUUGCAGCUUCUCAUAAGCUGUGCUUCUGAUUUCUGGCACUGCUUCAGUUGUAAAUUUUAUACUGCUUCUGUAUAAAAUGCCUUUAUUCUGUGUCUGUGUAUCUUUUAUAAGAUGUCCUUCAUAGUGUGAAAGAAUCUGAAUUCUCUCCUUGUGAAAGCUACUCACUGACUGGAGCCUGAAUGGAUGGCAGAAAAAGACACUAAAAGAAAAGCUAUCAAAGGAAAAUAGAGUUUAAGAACUGGCAGCAGUCUCUUUUCAUGGUACAAUUAUUGAACUGGACAGGCUGGCCUUCUGGAGCACAACUCUUUGAGGCAGUGAGCAAUCGCUUGCUCUUCUAUUUAUUCCUAGAAACACGGAAUGCCACUUCCUAUUCAGACACUGGUUACUCCAGAAAUAUUUCCUGAAUCAUCACAGUGUAUAAUAUUACAGCAUUCUGUGUUAAAGAUGAUCUGUGCAGAUCUCUAUGUGUCAUUGUUAUGGAAAUGUAAAAUUUUAAAAAAUUGUCUCGGUAAAACAGACCAUUCUUCCCCUUCUGUUUCAGUCAUUUUUGUUCAGUGAAAUAAAGACUACAUGCAAUGUUACCUUUUCAGUUAAAAUAUAAUUGAUAUAAGUAAAUUUGCCAUAAGAAGUCACUUUUUAUUUUGAUUCAACAUAAAUUAUCAAAUGUUGCAGGAAGAUGUUGCCAUCUCACUGCCAGAAAUGAAAAGAUGAAUUAAACUACUAUUAAUAUAAAUGAUUGAGUUGCACUGCAUACAAGGAAACAUUUUUUAAUGGUUAUUUCUUAGGCAAUUGCCUUUCAAGACACGUGUUAUGAGUAUAGUAUUUUUUUUUCCUAUUGCAGCAAAGAAUCAGUUAUCUUUACAUCAGUUACAGCAGUUGGAAGGUAGUCAUCACCAAGAAACUUUAAAAAGAUAAUUGUUUUUAAAAGAAAUUAAAAUUUUUCAUUUUAAAUUUUAAUUUGUGGGUCAAGCCAAUCUACAAUCUUUCUUAUUUUCAUAGAUAACCAAAUGUUUAAAAUUAGAGAUUUUAAGUGGUACUUUUUAUAAUGGUCAUUAUUAAGAAAUAUGCUUAUUUGGAAAGGAGCUGGCUUAAGAGCAUGCUGGUAAGAUUUUUGACAUAAAUGUUUUACAUCACUGUCAACAAUAAUCAGGGUAGAAUUAUUUGGAACUCUCACAAGAGUGAAAAUUUAACACUAAAAGAAAAUAGGUUUUUAGAAACAUAUUUAAUCCAUAUUUAACUGUGGGUUGAUAAUUGAUUUAAUUAACUUAAGACAUUUUUAUAAGAGCAAGAUAAGUUUUCACAAAGUCCAUUUCAGAGGAAAUGUAAAAUUCUUUAAGAUAUUUCUUUUUUUCUUGACUUCUAAUUUUAAUGUCUAAGGUAAAAAUAUGGAAUAUAGGACAGCAUACAAUAGCUUGUAAGUUGACCAUUUCCAGGUCUAUUUUGUUAUAUAGUUAAGGGAAAGCAAGUUGGAAUUUUGGCUUUGCUUUAUACUAUGUCAUCCUGUUUGAGGCAAAAGUACAUGUUCCUUAGAAGGCUAACUCUAGGUUUUUAUCUUUACAAAUUGUUUUCAGAAAUGGCUAAAAUGUACAGGAAGCAGUAACUUCCUUUAUCAUUCAGAAUAAUUUCAAUAGAAGAUUAAACAUUUAAUAAAAAUUAAAUUAUUUAAAAUUAAAAUCUAACUUAAAUUCAGCAAUAUUCAAAUUUAAAUUUAAGUUUGCUACUUUGAGCUUUGAUAACAGCCAGAUACUUUUCAAUCUUAAAAGCAUAAUACUGUAUCACAUCCCAAAAUUGUAAAAAUUGUAGUGCCUUUGUGGUUGGGAUGUUUCUUAAGAUUGUGUAUCUAUAUCUAGUUGAGGCACAGAAUUGUCUGUAAGGGGUUGAAUCUGGUUACAUACAUUAGAUGUAUAUUUUGAAAUUAUAAAGCAUAAUUAGCUACAAGUAGGAUCUGUUAGCCCCCUUUUUUUGCAUUUGUUCAUUAGAAUGUAACAGUACUUGGUGCCUUCAAGGGUUACCUCUUUAGUAGUUUAGAGUUGCUAUAUCAAGCACAAUUUAGAAUAGGAUUGAACCAUUCACUGUUCAAAUUAUAGGUGUGCUCAGAUGUUUUACAAUAUCACUGUAACUGUCCACAGGCAACAGCAAGGUUUAUUUUAAAGGAAACGGAAUUAGAUUUUUUAGAAUAUGAUGAUGCAUGUUGGUAUCAUUGAGUUAAAAAUAGCAACGGUCUGAAAUUAAGGCAAAAAUUAUUGAGGCUCCUUAUCCUUUCUAUCACGUGUUUUGUUAUAGUCUUUCUACUGUAAAAAGUUCUUUUUUGUUUAUUUGUAAAGAAAUAUGAAUAAAGUAGUAAUAAGGAGUUAGUAAAACCUCUGGUGAAGGACUCAGUAGCUACUCAUCUUUUUUUCCCCCCUAGUGGCUACUGAUCUUAGUUGAGAAUUUAAAAAAUCUUACCAAACCCACAGUUCUAAGAAUUGACCUUAAAUAUUGCUGUUCCUCAUUCCUGGACAAACGAUGCCAUUUAAUGACACUAGUCAAUGUAAGCAAAUUAUCCAAGGUGGAUAUAAACUACCCUAACACUACUAUAAGAAUUUAAUUUCAUGGUAUUGUUACAAACUUCUAAAUAAUCAAAGAUUCAGGUUUAAAACACUAAUUGUAUAUAUCCAGCCUACGAAGUUGUACUUAAUGAGUAUACUUUUAUUAAGUUGUACUUAAUGAGUUGUACUUUUGAGUAGAAUUGUUUUCUUCUAUUCCCUUUCAUUUGACUGUAUUUUUAAUUAUGUCAUAUGUAAAGAUGUCAUCUAGCCCUUUGAAGACUAUUUCAGUGAAAAUACAUUUAUGUGCUAAAUGAGGAUAGAUUAAUGAACCAUAGUUUUGGUUUAAUGUUUUUAAUGUGUGACCCCAUGGACAAUAUAUGGCAGUACCCAAAGCUGAAGAGAUCAUGAAUAGCAGGGAAAGCAAACUUACUGUUUUGUGUAUGUGAAACCUAACCUCCUGUCCUCUAGUGGGAUGUUUACAUCCCAUGGUUAUGGGAUUGUACAGCUUUUAUUUGGGGUAAACAGUGCACUAUUGCUAUUGUGCAGCUUUUAUUUGGGGGUAAACAGUGUUAUUAAACUCAUGGUAUAAAUUAAAGGCAGUAUCAUACUGCCAGCUGAUGUGUUCUUUAUGGGGAACUUUAUAUGGCUAGGGCUUCAGAGUAUAGUCAUGCACCUUAUGACAAUGUUUUGGUUAACAGCACACUACUUACAAGAUGGUGGUCCCUAUAUAUAGUCAGAGUUUGUAGUAAGCUAUACCAUAUAGGUUUGUGUAAGUAUAUUCCAUGAUGUUCGCACACUAAAAUUGCCUAAUGAUGCACUUCUCAGAACUAUUGCUGUCAUUAAGUGACAUGACUGUGGGGUUCUGAGACAGCUCAUUGAGAGGUUUACAAACUUAAGGUUCCCCUCUAAAAAUUGAUUGUAGCUAAUUUAAAUGAUUGUGGAUAUUGAAAGUUUAAUCUUUACCAUUUGCUUUGUAUUUUAAAUUUUUAGUGUUAACUCUUGAACUUUUCUUUCAGGAAUGAUGCAAAUUCAGCCUUUGUCCAGUAAUGAAAAUAAUAAUAUGAUAGGAAAAUUUGCUCAAUGUGCUUUAAACAAGCAAUUGCUUUAUCUUUUCUAGUAUUUCAUAGGCUUUGCAUGAUCUGAAACACUCCUAAUUGUGCAUACUUUGGUUUCCAAAUCUAGUCGGACAUGCUCUGUAUUAACCAAUUGAUAGCCUAAGAAAGAGUCUAAGAAAGCUUUUUCUGCCUGUUUUUCCUCUCCUCCAUUUUGGGGGAUAAACAUCGGAAGGUCAAAUUGUCUCAUUUUUCUCGAAGCAAAGCUGUGACAGCAUAGCCAAACUUUAUAGCUAGACAGAAGACUAUUAAGAAUAUUUAGAAAAUCCAAAUCUAGCAAAGUUAUUUGAUGGGAAUCAUAAAUGGAGUUCAUUAGAAUGUGAUUUUGGACAUUGGGGAAAAUUUCAAAUUGGGUUAGUUUAUUUUAAUCAACUUAGAAUGAAUGCUAUUUAGCUAAUGAAAACAGACAGUUGCAUACAAAUAAAAUCUUGAGAGCAUAUUUUCCAUUUACAAAUGUAUGUCAAGAUUUAUAAUUUCUUAUAAUCCUUAGAGAAUAAAAAUUUUUGAGCCUCUGACUUUUGUAGAAUCCUGUCAAAUUCUCACUGACUUGUGAAUAUUAGAUAAGCUGUUUUUUGCUUGUUUCCUGGUGGAAGAGUUUAACUUCACUCAAAUGAUAAGAAAAAUUUAUUAAAAAAUUAAUGUAUAUACAUUCCAAAAGCCUCUCAAUUGUCUGGACUGAAGGCUUUAUUAUAGCCAGAUGAAUUGGAGUGUUCUGUACAUGAAUAAUGCUAGAUUUUAAAUCAGGACAUCACUUAGGUAUUAACAUUGUGUGUACAGUUUUUUGUUUGGGAAUUUUUUUUGGCCUAAAUAAAUGUUAUAAAUUUUAUGUAAAGUGUUUUUUUUGUCUGCAUUGAUUCCAGACAUUUGCGUAAAAUUUAAUAAUGCACGAUUCAGAUUCCACUUUUAACAGUUGCUUACUGAAAAAGGCCAAUAGUUUUGUUGUUAAAGUUUCCUAGUAUUGAAACUUCAUCUCAUUAAAUAGCUAUAUUAGGUACUUUUAAAGUGUAACUUAAUGUCAUAUAACAGACCAGUCCAGAGUGCUUAUUACAGAGAGAGUGCUUAUUACAGAGCAGACGCUAUACCUAAUACAGACUAGAUACCAUUAGACAACCCAGGAAAACUUAACAGAGAACAUUUGAGUUGAGAAUUUGAUAUAUAUAACUAUAUAAUGCAUAUAAUUGAAAUGCAUUUAGUGAGGGAGACUACAAAAAAACUAUACUAUGAGAACCCUUGAGCCAGGAAGAAUCAAGUGAUUUUUGUUUCAGAAAUGUUUGUAGCUGAAGAAAAAAACCUGAGGUGAAGUGAACUUGCUCAGUUCACACACCAAGUCAAUGACAGACUCUGCACUACAAUUUUCAUUUUCAGACUUCAGUCCAAGCCAUUCCCUCACCAUAUUGUUGUGUGAGAUUUCUUGUAUCUUAGGCAAUAUGUGAAUAAGUAGCAAAUGAAUGAUAGAGAAAAGAAGCUGCACCAUUGGUCAGAGAAGAGAUUGAGGGUGAUAAAAGACAGUGUUCAGAUGCUAAAAGAAUUGUUAACAGUAUACUACACAUACUAUUGUUUCACUACUACUCAAACCUAAGAUUAGAUGGUUUUUUCAAGCAGCUUUAUUUUAUACUUAAUUUUUCUUUUAUUGUCUAUCCAUUUGCUUACUCAGUAGUAGUAUUUCUAUAGGCCAUGUAAUGAGGAAGAUACUAAAAAAAAAAAUCCUUUCACUGUGGCUGAUACUUAAUUGAAUUGUUGAAUUACCUUGUCUACAAAAAAAUAAAAAAAGCACUUCACCCUUCA